CGGAGAGCUGGCUUUCCCCAAUGGCUGUACCGCUUCUGAUCGCCCGGCAAUGUUGCCGAGGACGGACCAAAGGAAAUACCAUGGCAUAGUCAACGCCUUGUAUUACACCAGCGUUGUCAACGGAUGCGAGACCUGCCAGGCGUGCAUCUCUCUUUUGGAUACCUGCUUUAGUUGAUGCGGCGCCCAAGUACUUGGUCCUUAUCUGCCCGGCGGCGCUCGUUUGCGGUUCAUUGAUGCCCUUCAUAUAACCUGCGCGAGCGUCGCCCUGUUGGCACUUCGUGCAUAAACCCUUUCUUCGACGUGCUGUUCCCCCUUCUGAGGAGAUGGCAGAGCCGCACUCCCCUGCUAACGGUGUCGAAACGGUUCACUUGCCUUCGGCGAGCUUCCCAAGCACUGCUUCGACAGAGAAGGUACAGGAGGAGCAAGAAACUGAUGUCUUGGAUCCAGAGGUAGAUGCCAACGGGCAGUAUCUGACAGGAUUGCGGCUCGCGUUCACCUUUGUCGGGCUAUUGUUGUCUCCGUUGAUUGGGACACUGGACCUGACAAUCGUUAGUACUGCAUUACCGACCAUUCUGUCUGAGUUUGACGGGCUAGGUCAAGUUACAUGGGUCCCUACUGCAUAUUUGCUUACUGUGACGGCUUUUACACUUCCCGUUGGCCAACUUCUAUCCUUAUAUCCUACAAAACCGGUGUAUAUCACCUCUAUCAUCAUUUUCGAGCUAGGGAGCCUUCUGUGUGCUGUUUCGACUUCUAUGCGCUUCCUGAUCGCUGGGAGAGCGAUCGCCGGUAUAGGAAAUGCAGCCAUGGUGACGUGCGUGGUUUCUGCCAUUGCGCAGAUCGCAAAGCUCGAGACUCGGCCGGCGUUGUUUGGUCUGAUUGGGGUGGCAUGGGCAAUUGCUUCAGUUAUGGGACCGCUGGUCGGUGGUGCAUUUACAGCUCGAGUAACUUGGCGAUGGUGCUUUUACAUUAAUCUCCCGAUUGGCGGGGUCUCGCUUUUGAUCUCGUGGUUCAUGCCGUAUGGGAAAACUCUGACAAAGUCCAAGCCGUCUGACACAAAGUCAGUACUUCGGCGUAUAGCAGAGGUUGAUUGGGUAGGGGUCCUGAUCUCGGUUUGCACCGUUGUCGCCUUUUUGUUUCCGCUGCAACUUGGAGGAAACACAGAUCCUUGGGGGUCAGCACAAGUCAUAGUACCUCUAGUCCUCUCAGCUGUCGGACUUGCUCUGUUUAUUUGGUGGCAGCGCUACGUAGGCGAUCAUGCGUUAUUACCAUGGAAAGUCAUGCGCCAGCCGGUGGUGGCAUCAUGUUUCAUCGCGUUUUGCAACUUUUAUGGUAUCAUGGUUGGAAUCUACUACAUUCCGCUUUGGUAUCAAUCACAAGGGAGGACUGCAAUUCAGUCCGGCAUAGACCUCCUUCCAUUCAUUCUAUCAAGUGUCUUAUCAUCGAUGGUGGCCGGAUUUUUGGCCAACGGAACUGGAAAAUAUUGGAUCUUGAUGGUCGUGUGCCCGUUGCUAUCUUCUAUUGGGUUCGGUUUGAUGUACACGGUCGAUGUCGGCUCCAUCGAGGGUAAACUGAUUGGAUACCAGAUAAUCAGCGGUAUUGGCGUCGGUUCUACACUACAGAUGCCAGAGCUAUCUAUACAGGCUGAGUUAGUUCACGAAGAAGAGUUGAUUCCUCAGGCUGUUGCGCUUAGUGCUCUUUUUGAAGGACUUGGCGGCAUUGUUGGACUUGCCAUCGGAGGGGCUAUCUUCCUCAAUCAACUCACGCACAACUUACAUAACUACGCGCCAUUGCUCCCAGCUUCGGUGGCAUCGAGCGUGCAGCAGAGUAUCGCUUACAUUUUCACGCUUCCAAUAGGAGAGCGGGGUGCGGUAGUGCAGGCAUACGUGAAUAGCCUUGAUCAGGUGUUCCUCAUUGGCGUACCCAUUGGUGCUAUCUCGAGCUUGAUAUCGCUAACGUGUAUAAAGAACUACAACUUGAAGACUCGAUCUGCGACGGCCACGAAGAAAGAGGAGGGGAAGCAGGCCGAGACACCCUAGUCUUACAAGCCAAUGCGCCAUCCUCUCUCUUGCUAUCUUAUAUCAUUGUUUUCUGAUAUGCAUUACCACAAAUAAACGUUCA